AUGCACUCUCACCUCGACAAGCCCGAGAACUUGCCCUGCAUCGAUGUCAUCAACGCCCUCGAAGAAUGCCAUGCGCGCGGUUUCCUCUGGAAAUCUAUCGGAAUGUGCAACGAUGCGAAGACGAACCUAAACGCCUGUCUUUGGGUCCAGCGACAGAAGCGAGCGGCGAAUAAUCGAGAGGCUGCCCGAGCGAGACGGGACAAGAUCAAGCAGAAAGAGCAAGAGCUGGGCCUAUAA